GACGAGCCUCUCGUCAGUUCACUUGCUCAGCCAACUCGGCCAUGGACAAGCUCGGCGCGAACCCGGCCAACUCGAGCCCGCUCACGCCGCUGGGCUUCCUGGAGCGGGCUGCCACCGUGUACGGCGACUGCUCCUCCGUCGUCUACCACGGCACCGUCUUCACCUGGUCCCAGACCUACCGCCGCUGCCUCCGCCUCGCCUCCGCCCUCGCCUCCCUCGGCGUCUCCCGCCGCGACGUCGUGUCGGUGCUGCUGCCGAACGUGCCGGCCAUGUACGAGGCGCACUUCGGGGUGCCGAUGAGCGGCGCCGUGCUCAACAACAUCAACACGCGCCUCGACGCGCGCACGGUGUCGGUCCUGCUCCGCCACUCCGGCUCCAAGAUAGUCCUCGUCGACCCUGCUAUGCUCCCGGUCCUCGAAGAUGCGCUCCGCCUCCUCCCGCCGGGGCACCCGGCUCCCCCGCGCGUCGUGCUCGUCGAGGACCCCCACGAGAGGGGGUUCCGCCCGGCGCCGGCGCCGGCUCUUACGUACGAGAGGCUGCUUGAGAUGGGCGACCCGGAGUUCGCGUGGGUGCGGCCGGCGAGCGAGUGGGACCCGAUGAUACUCAACUACACCUCCGGCACCACGGCCGCGCCCAAGGGCGUCGUGCACUGCCACCGCGGCAUCUUCGUGGUGACUCUGAAUACGUUGGUCAGCUGGGCGGUGCCGGAGCGGCCGACGUACCUGUGGACGCUGCCCAUGUUCCACGCCAACGGGUGGAGCUUCCCGUGGGGGAUGGCCGUGGUGGGCGGCACCAACGUCUGCCUCCGCCGCGUCGACGCCGGCGAGGUCUACGACAUCAUCGCGGACCACAGAGUCACGCACCUCUGCGGCGCGCCGGUCGUGCUGAACAUGCUGGCCAACGCGCCGGACGGCGUGCGGAAGCCGCUCCCGGGGAAGGUGCGCAUCCUCACGGCCGGCGCGCCCCCGCCGGCCGCCGUGCUGCACCGCACGGAGGCUCUCGGCUUCGACGUGAGCCACGCGUACGGGCUGACGGAGACGGCGGGGCUGGUGCUAUCGUGCGCGUGGAAGGGAGAGUGGAACAGGCUGCCAUCAUCGGAGCGCGCGCGGCUCAAGGCGAGGCAGGGCGUGCGCAUGCCCUUCAUGGCGGAGGUGGACAUCCUGGACGGCGAGACCGGCCGCAGCGUCCCGCGGGAUGGCGCCACGAUGGGCGAGAUCGUGCUCCGCGGCGGGAGCGUCAUGCUCGGUUACCUGAACGACGGCGAGGCCACUAGGGUGGCGAUCCGGGAAGACGGGUGGUUCUACACGGGGGACGUGGGGGUGGUGCACCCGGACGGGUACCUUGAGAUCCGGGACCGUUCCAAGGACGUGGUCAUCAGCGGCGGGGAGAACAUCAGCAGCGUCGAGGUGGAAUCCGUGCUCUACUGCCACCCGGCGGUGCACGAGGCGGCGGUGGUGGCACGGCCCGACGAGUUCUGGGGGGAGACGCCGUGCGCGUUCGUGAGCCUCAAGGACGAUGCGGAGGUGACCGCGGCCGACCUCAUCGCGUGGAGUCGGGAGCGCAUGGCGGGGUAUAUGGUGCCAAAGACCGUCGUGUUCCGGGCCGACUUGCCCAAGACGUCCACAGGUAAAAUACAAAAAUACGUGCUCCGGAACCUAGCCAAAGAGAUGGGUUCUACUUCUACAUGCAGAGGAGUCAACAAUUAACGUUGGCUAUAAAUAAGCAAAUUCGAAACCUAGCCAAGGAGAUGGGCCCUACACCCAGAGG